AAGGACAAAACAGCUACUGAUGAGCAACUAUUUGGUCAUCGAGUGCCGUCAGUUUUCCUUUGAUCAAAAAUAUUCUUUAUAAUCCGUUACAAUAUCAAUUGAGCACUUGCCAGGUUUUUUAGAGAUUCGAAGUAAUUUUGGCGAUGUGGAACGGUUACACAGUAUUGUGCGUGGUAGAGUUUCUGACAUCGCCCAACGUGCACAUGUCCUGCCCCACUACCAUUCCGUGGCAUUCACCUUGUAUAUGAGGCCAGUGAACAAAACCAGAAUGGGCGUACAAAGCACUCCGCCAAACCAGAACUAAGGCUCUCCAGUUGGAGGUUGCAUGCUUACACAAUGCGGGUUCACGCCUGAGCGACUUGGAAUUAUUAAGCUGGUGGGUUUGGAAGCGAAGUUUGCAUUCCAGAGAGGGCAUUUCAUUUCUCUCCAUGGGAAUGCCUGGAGUGAAUGUGUUUGUGUGAAGUUUUGACAGGACUUAACUCACUGGAAUAGUGCCAGACCAGUCGGGGGAAUCUAAACUCCGGAGAGUACCCGCAGCGUUAGUGUCAACAGUGCAUGUCUUAACACUGAGCCUGAACCAAAGACUGGGUGGUGAUAGUUCACCCUAAAAAGUUCACCUGUGCUUCCGGCAGUUUGCCAACGUGUGUGUUUGGAUGGUUUUAAAGUGCUGUGUAGCAGAACACCGUUAUAUAUGUGCAGGGUGUGUUUGGAGUACAGAUUUACAUAAUUUUGUUCUGAUGAGAGAGUGAACUGUACAGAGAAGCCUGAACCCACACACCAGGACUGAAAGUGAACAAAAAUUAUAAGAAAUUUGGCCAGCAGGAAUAGAACUGAACUGGUGCUGUACUUUCCAACUAAUUUGGAACUCCUGGUAGGUGUGCUCCUACAAGAAGAUGCCACAUGAAAGAGUGUCUAGGAAGUCGGGGCACCAGGGUGCUAGGUCCCCAUCAUCAAACCAACAACCAACCCGUGCCAUGUCACCCAACCGGAGGGUGACUCCUCGCUCUCCUUCACCCGAUCGCAGGAGGGCCCGCUCACCAUCCCCAGCGCGGAAAGCUGUUCGCUCAUCGAAGGCACAAAUCAGUCGUGAAGAACGCUCCUUCUCUCCGACCCGCAAUGGCUUGCGUUCCCCAGGCCAGAUCCGCAAGGCCAACCGCUCCAAGUCACCAGACGACAAGGGGUACCACUCCCUGCCCUCACGGAGCCAUAAGGGACCCUACACGUUGGAGCGCUUCGCCAUGAUGAACUUCAGUAUCAAGCCUGCCAAACGACCCACGGUCAUCGCAAAAUCAGGCUCGGGUGGAGGAAUGAUUUGGCAGCACACCACUGAACCAAUUCAGAAGCCGUUGCUCCAGCAUCUCUCCGGGAACCAGCAGCUGUCUGGUCGAGCAUGCUCUGCUUUCAAAGCAAUCAUGAAGUACAUGGGCGACUACCCUACCAAGAAGGCAAACCUUCAAGGAACUCUCAUGACAGAUAAGAUCUUCAGCGAUGCUAUGAGAUAUGAGGAACUCAGGGAUGAGAUAUAUUGCCAAAUUAUCAAGCAGUUGACCAACAAUAUUCUCAAUGUUAGUGAGGAGCGUGGUUGGGAGCUGAUGUGGCUGGCCACAGGCCUCUUCCCCAGCAGCGACACCCUCAGGCCUGAACUGACCAAGUUCCUGCGCUGGGCCCAGCACAAGCUGGCGGAGGACUGCCAGAGGCGGCUGCAGAUGGUCAGCGGGCUGCCGCAGCAGCGCAAGUACCCACCCCACUGGGUGGAGGUGGAGACCAUACAGCACCACUACACCCAGAUCUUCCAUUUCAUCUUCCUGCCUGAUGACAAGUCCAACGCGUCCUUCCAAGUUUCAUCCACCAUGACGGUUGCUGACCUGUGUAAGAGCAUUGCGAAUCGACUGGGGCUUACAUCCAACAAGGGAUUCGGUCUCUUCUUGAUAAUGUCCUCUAAGGUUGUUGCUCUGCAUGAGGAGAGUGACUUCUUCUUUGAUGCCCUGCGGCGACAAAUCGACUGGGAACAGGAAGGUAUCAAAUCCGCUAGAAGUGAGGAGAACGACAUGCCUGUGCUUGCCUACCAGAUGUUCUUCCUGCGCAAGAUUUGGACGGAUGUGGUGCCCGGGGAGGACUCCCAGGCUGACACCAUCUUCCACUACCACCAGGAGCUGUCGAAGUUCCUACGUGGCUACCACCACUGCCCACACCAGGAGGAUGCCGCCAAGCUGGCUGCACUACAAUUCCGGGCCCGCUACGGCAGUGACAAGGCAGAGCUGCAGAACGUAGCCAAGAGGCUGGCCGACUUCCUGCCCAAGGACUUGCUGAGGAGUAGAUCCGUAGACGACUGGAAAAGAGCCAUCAUUUCCACUUACAACCAGCCAUGGAUUACCAGCAUGACCAAGGAUGCGGCCAAGGUGGCCUUUCUGAAGAUAAUGUACCGCUGGCCCACGUUCGGCUCGUCGUUCUUUGAAGUAGCCAAAGUAACAGGGUCUGAAAACACGGAGAAUGUACUUCUGGCGAUCAACAAGCAGGGCGUUCUCAUCAUCGAUCAACAGACCAAAGAGGUCCAGAAGACCUUUCUGUACAGUGAGAUCCAGGGCUGGUCCGGAUCAGAGCAGAGUGACUUCUUCUUAACUGUCGGUAACGAGAGCAAAGGAGUCAUGAAACUCCACUUCAAAACCAAGCUGGGCUAUAAGAUGGAUGACCUCUUGACCUCCUACGUGCGCUACAAGCAGAAGAGGCCAGCGUCGGGCCAAAACUCCACAAAAGCUAAACUGUUAUAAUACAGUGGAAGGGAGCACAUAGUUUGCUUUAUUUGUACUGGUGAAAAGGGCCUAGUUUUUGUGCCAAGCUUUCAUGUCAUACUGGAACCAAUUUUAAAGAGCAGCUGUGUAAUAUAUUUGCUUUAGCACAGAAAAUUGUACCGCACAAAAAAAAAAUUUGCUAAGCCCAGUUAUUUUGAACUCCCUUGGGGAGUCCCCCACCCCCCAGAUUGUUAAAAAAUCAUAUCCCACGUCAUCGUGGUCAAUAAUUGUUAACUAUAUCCCUUCUGUAAAUUUUAUAUUGUUUCCACAAGACACGAUGAAUGAUGCUAGAACAACUCACAGUCUUACCCCAUUUAUCAGUGUGGUACUUCUAUUCCCAAAUGCUUGAUUUUGGGAUAACGGCAGUCAGUCCAUUGGCACAAACAACUCUUAGGCAGAAAGUAUUUUAUCAGAACGUUGAAAACAGUGACAAUCAUUUGUAUAAAUCGGAAGUUUUUAUUCUACAUGUAUUAUUUUUCACAGAUUUUGUAUCAAAUUCAGUAUUGGAGCAACUCUUGAAAAGUCAGUAAAAAAAUUGCCAGUGAUAAAAUACUUUUGUAAUACUUAAAUGCUUACACUUCACGUGUACUCUGCUUUUUGAUUUGCCAAGUGUAUCAUUUUGUAAACUGUUGAAAAUAACGGAUAAAAUUUCUGUGCAUUGUGUAUUUUACUGUUUAGCAGGGCAUACUAAAACUGUAGUCUGUACUUUCUUGAAGGUUGAGAAGAUAUCAGAUUGCAGCUGACAGAAUUGAUUUGUUACAGGGUUCCAGUUCAGACUGUACAAUUUUGAAGGGUCUAGAAACUAUAGAGGAUAGAGGUGUUUCAGGGAAUCAUCCCGGAAAACCUGGGCAAGUUUGAGAUUUGGCGUAAAAUUUGUUCUUUGAGAAAAUGUUUUUUUGGAGGAGGUAAAUGUACUGAUUGAAGUGAACUUUAAAAAGUUGACACUUCAUCUUCUGUUAAGAAGUCCCAUUUCGGCUGUAAAUAGCCACGACUAUUUAUUGAGCACAUGCCUUUUAUCUAUAAAGUGUGUAUUUUAAUAAUGCUCUUCUUUAGCAGUUGCAUAAGUGGAAAAUUUAUACCAGCAAAAUUUACUUAUUCAGAGCCGUAGAGGCUAUGCUUAUCUUGUAACCCAGUACUCCAAAUACUUACUCAGUAUUAUACUUAGAUACAGAGUCAGAGACAGGUGAAUUUUUGUUCAUAAGACCUCUAACUUGGCAACAAAAAGGCACUGUGUUCCAUGGUUUGUAUAUACAAGUACUUCUGAGCUUGACUAAUCAGAUAUCAGGGAAGGUGUACACACAGUGUCAUGCAACCGAUACUAAUUCAGAAACUUUCAUCAAUUUAGUCGCGGCUGGGGCCCAGAAUAUGUUCCUCAGUGUGACCUACCUGGUGGGAGACAUGAAAAUGCGUGGUGGCCACUCACAUACCGGUCCCAAGUGACUGGUCUACUGUUGUUUGCAUCGCAUUUUAGCUAAUGAACAUGUGCUCAAAAUGAUGGAUACAAAAGUGGACUGGUCAAGUGGAAGCAGAAUGUUCGUCGUGGCCUAGCCAGUUGCUACUGGAGGGAUACAAUUUCUAACCAACUAUUAGAUCCACAUUCUUGGGGCUGAAAGGAAGUACAAACCAAAGUUAUUCGUCCGUGGAAAUGGGAUAAAUGAAUAGAAAUAACAUAAAAAAUCCAAAAACAUGGUGCUAAAAUGAUAAAAAAGAAAAGGCUCCAAGUAAAAAAAGCUGAAUAUAUGUUGCUACAACUUACAAUUCAAAAUUUGCAAGUCAAGGUAGUUAAAUCCCUCAAGAACCACACUCCUGUAGACAGAGCCCUUUGAAGAAUAAAGAAUGCUCAACAGUCA